GGCCGCCGUAGUCUGUCUACUGCGGCAGCAGGAUGAUUUUUCGGCCCCCUAUUACCUUACUGUGUCAAGAUGGCGGCCCCCAGGAGCUGUGUUCUAUGGAGCUAUUGCGUCCGUAGGUGGUCGCGGUUGAUGCGAACUGGUGGGCCCCAGUGGCUUCACAGUUCCUUGCCCGGGGGCUCGCUGGGUGUACGGCUCUUGUCCCGAGAGAAGCAAGCAACAGAAACACACUUCGGAUUUGAGACUGUGUCGGAGGAAGAGAAGGGGGGUAAAGUCUAUCAGGUAUUUGAAAGUGUGGCCAAGAAAUAUGAUGUGAUGAAUGAUAUGAUGAGUCUGGGCAUCCAUCGAAUUUGGAAAGAUAUGCUGCUGUGGAAGAUGAACCCAUUACCUGGGACUCAGCUGCUCGAUGUUGCUGGAGGCACCGGUGACAUUGCAUUCCGGUUCCUUAAUUAUGUUCAGGCACAGCAUCAAAGAAAGCAGAAGAGGCAGUUAAGGGCCCAACAAAAUUUAUCCUGGGAGGAAAUUGCCAAAAAGUAUCAGAAUGAAGAAGAUCUCUUGGGUGGUUCCCGUGUCAUGAUCUGUGACAUCAACAGGGAGAUGCUAAAGGUGGGGAAGAAGAAGGCUUUGGACCAAGGACACAAAGCUGGACUUGCAUGGGUACUGGGAGAUGCUGAAGAGCUGCCCUUUGAUGAUCACAAGUUUGAUGUUUACACCAUUGCCUUUGGGAUCCGGAAUGUCACACACAUUGACCAGGCACUCCAAGAAGCUCAUCGGGUCCUGAAGCCUGGCGGAAGGUUUCUGUGUCUGGAGUUUAGCAAAGUAAACAAUCCCCUCAUUUCCAGGCUUUAUGAUCUAUAUAGCUUCCAGGUCAUUCCUGUCCUAGGAGAGGUCAUUGCAGGAGACUGGAAGUCCUAUCAAUACCUUGUGGAGAGUAUCCGGAAGUUCCCAUCUCAGGAAGAGUUCAAGGAGAUGAUAGAAGAUGCAGGUUUUCAGAAGGUGACUUAUGAAAGUCUUACUUCGGGCAUUGUGGCCAUUCAUUCUGGCUUCAAACUUUAGCUCCUUUUCCUAUCCUGGAGAGAGAGCCAGUCAUAUAUUGUUGAAAGCCUGGAACCGAAGGAUAAUCUGGCUGAUGAGACAGCAGCUGAGCAUCUCCUAUUAAGGAUAUGAACCAUGGGCUCCUGUUCCAAAGCAACCAGAGAAAGAGAAACAAAUUCCUGUCUUUUUUCUUUUUUGUAACUUUCUUUAGAAGCUGCUCAGACCUUUUCUCAGAGGUAUUUGGGGUUUUUUUUGUUAUUUUGUAUUCCCUCAACUCCUAACUUUUUUGGCUAUGCACUGUGGGAUUCGGGUAAGAGCAGCAUUAAGCACUGAUACACAUUUUGUGUGUGUGUGUGUGUGUUUUCUCUGGUGCCGGGGAUCAAACUCAGGACCUUGUGCUUGCUAGGCAGGUGCAGUGCUGCUGAGUUAUGUCCCCAGCCCUAACACAGAGUUUUGAAGUACAGUAUAUUUGUUGCUAGUGGUGCUGCCUUCCAGCAGGAUGAGUCAUUGGAACCCAGUGAUGACUUACCUGAACCUGAGUCAAACUUUUGGCCUGGUCUGCGGCUUGAAAGCCAAGGUCCAAGUCAGAGGUCUAACAGUCAACACUAGAAUUGUAGGCUGGGGAAUAGCUCACAUUUGUUUGUUUAAAAUACAAGAGAUCCUGGGUUCAAUCUUCAGUGAGCCCACACACACACACACACACCCUAGAAGUAUACACUGAACCAAUAAAUGAGU